AUGGUCCAACAUGGCUACAUAACAUGGCGAUACUGGCUUCGACGAGUCCGCGAUGCAGACAUAAUCGACGCUCGACGAUCUCAAUCACCCAUCACAGAUGCCACCCCGUCCAGUCAUAUUAAGAACGCUGAAUUACCAUGCCGUAUUCAGGUGGAUCUGAUCGGGUUGGAGUGGUUCGUGUACAACCGCAGCCCAGCCUACGAUGGCAUUUUAGCAGGACUUACCGAGACCCACGACCCGGAACCUCACUCAAGCGGAGUAUCAGAGAAAGAUGAGGCAAAUGUUCGGCUUCGAGGGUCUAAGAAAGACACAGGCGUCUCGGCUAGUAACGAUAAGGAGGCAGAUGUGAAAAAGCAUCUUGGCGAACGCGCGAAGAACAUAUUUCGACGCACGACGACAGGCUUUGGGAGCGUUGAAGACGACGAAAAUACAAAGGACGAGAAACCUGAACUACCUUUCAUGCUUCGAUUGUUUCCCGUGCACGUUCGAUGCCAGAAGGCCGCUGCUGUCAUAGGCAACGAAAACACAAAGGCUAUUCUUGUUGCUAAAACCGACUCGCUGGACGUAGAAGUAGACGCCUCAGAGACGACCACAUCUGAUCCAUAUCGACAAACGUUCAAGGUGCAGUUCCAGCAUCCAGUCAUCGAAAUCAAAGAGAAUGAAGACUUUAAGGAGGAUCAAGUCACACGUGCAACACGAGACCGUGAUAAUACCCACAAUCAAGAAACGAUAUCCAAGCGGUCACUCUUUCGUCACCAUCGUCGAAAGGCCGUCAAUUCGCUGCGAAAUUUGGUUCCCUACUGGCGGCGCUCUGUUGAAUCUUUCUCAACCGAUUCGCAGACAGCUAUGAACACAGCUACUUCUCAGGUUCCUGGGGUUAAUCAGUGGCAGGGCUUAACCAGGUAUCUAGAUGACCGUGAUCGAGACGAUAGGGCUCGCUGGGCAUCUGUAGAGUAUGCAGCUGUCACAACGAUUCUUGACAGCCCGGAAGCUGUACUGACAGUCUUCUGGGAUGCCGUGGGAAAGGUCCCGGAGCAUAGUCACCACGGAGGCCCAAAGCCCUUUCCUAUCAGCAUCAACGGAGAUGAGCCUCCUGCUUGGGGGAUGACCUUUACCAUAAAAGGAGGCACUAUGAACUAUGGUCCUUGGUCUGAUCGUCAGCGAGCAGAUCUGCAACGAUUCUUCUUCCCGUCGUUAUGCAAGGACGCCAUACCGUCCAAACCUCAAAAACCGGGAGACUGGAGAGUGGCUACGACGUUCCAACUGUCCAUCGAGAUGGAUGAUGCAGUCACUUUGAGAGUACCCAUUAGGGAGGAGUCCAAGAAUUGGCGCUGGCGUGGCAAGGAACCACCUUUACGACAUGCUAAACCUCCAACCAAACGAAAGCAGAGGAAUAGGGCGAAGAAGAACAGCAAAGGCGAUGCGACUCAGAUUCGACCGGCAGGAUGGCUGGAAGUGAAACUACCAGCUAACUCGUCGGUCAAGUUCGUCAUGGAUAUGCUGGCUAGCUCUACCGGCUACACUACGAAACUAGACGUUGACUUGCCAGGCUCAGAGCUCUGGAGCAGUGUCAAUCACGAUCUAUUGUGGCGAUCUGGCCCUCAAAAGAUAUCGUGCGAUUUGUCCAACCCUCUUUCUUGGAACUCUCUUAGAAAUUGGCAUUUUAACAUUACUAGUUCCAAGAUGGAGCUUUUCAUGUUAAGAGACCACAUCUUCCUAAUUACAGAUCUUGUUGAUGACUGGACAACUGGCCCGCCUGCGGACUAUCUGGUAUAUGUACCUUUCAAGUACCACCUCAACCUCAGCCUCAAAUCAUUAAAGGUCUACCUCAAUGUUAAUGAAGCCAAUAUCAUUGACAAAGCCACAGUCAUCGAGGAUAACACGUAUUUGAUUCUUUCCAGUCCAUGUUUGACCGCGAAGUCUUGCAUCCCAGCUGACUCCUUCCGGCCAAGCAAGAACGCUAUCCCUUUCGAUGUGCGUGCUGAUCAGUUGGAUAUGGCACUUCAGGUUCCUCAGUGGAACACACAGGCCGCUUUCCUCUCAUCUAAGCAACUGGGUCAUAUUGAAGGCCUCGUGAUAGAUGGAAGCUACAAUUACAAUGCCACAACGUCGACAGCAAACACUGACACACUGAUCCUCAACGUCCGUGGCCAAUCCCCUUACAUUUACCUAUAUGGAUUUCUUGUCCGAUAUGUUAUUCUUCUUAAGGACAACUAUUUCGGAGAAUUUGUUCAUUUCCGAACACUAGACGAAUACCAAAAUCAGCUUCAAUUGAAAAAGAAGAACCCCGAUGCCGAGGUUGUGACACAACCCCCUCCUAAAAAGUCGAACGAUAUGGACGUCGUUUUGGGCGUUAGGAUCGAAGAUCUCAAGAUCAUGUUGCCGACCAAUCUUUACUCGGCUGAUCGUUACAUUGAGGGCGAGCUAGCUGGCAUCUCAGUUGACUUGCGCUUCACUAAUUACUUUAUGGAAGUCGAGGUUGAGGUUAGCCCUGUGAGUCUCUCGCUAGGGUGCGUUGAAGGCACCCUUGACUCUCCUAGUAUGUCCUCGUCCAACACUCAGCUUUUCAUUGACGGCCUGCGGAUCUUUGGCCACAAGCUCUUCGGACUUCCUCCAUCUGAGCCAGCUUAUGUCUGUAACUGGGACGUCGAUGUGGGUGGUAUCACAGGAGAGUGCACAAGUGACUUCCUUGUUGCGAUCGCAAAGGGCGGCAAAGCCCUUGCCUUUUGCUUCGACGAUGUUGAGAACGCCCUUGUGCCUUACUCAUCACUCGUCUUCUACGAUAUCACGUUUGCCCGUGUUGCGGUACAAUCAAUCCAAGUUUGGUUGCACGUCGAUGAGGCUGCUUUCCUGAUGUCGACUGAUACUAUCGACAUAUCUUUCAAUGAUUGGGCUAGAUCUCAUUAUUCUAAACGCGCUGAUAUUGUUAUACCAAACAUUCAGAUUUCAUGUGUGAACGCAGAAUCAGCAGGAAGACAAAAGGCGAGGCACCCUCAUCCGGUUGAAACGGACGCCCAUUUCAGAACAACUGUUCGUCUUGCUGUCAUUGGACGCAAGUUCAAUUUCAGCGAAGAACGACGAAUCCAACAGGAAUUGGUUCAGAGGGAGGAUCAGAGGACACACCGGGUGGAGUUCCUCCUUUUACCAGAGUAUGUGGAUGAGCUGGUACCAGAACCUGUAGAGCCACCCGCUCAGUGCGCACCUCCGCCUCCCCAUCCUGCUGUGACUCUUGAGGCUGAGAUGGACGAUAUCUCACGCAGGACGGUGACGUCGCGUCAGUCACGAGGUUUGAGCCACAAGUCCUCGUUCCUUUCACUUGCGGAGUCCAGCAAUGGCAGCAUUGUACUUGGUCAGAGUCAGUAUAGAACCAGAUCCAGACCUAAGCAGGAAGGCCAUUCAGGGGCAAACCCUUCGGCAGAUAACAGACGGUCGUGGCAGUCAAUAGCUUCGUUUGGAUCCCUUCGCUCUGCUAAUGACGUUGUCAGGGCUGGCCCUGCUUACUCGUCCGUCGCCUUUUCCAGUCAGUAUGUCUCGCCUCAGUUCCCACUAAACGGUCUACGGCCAAGUACGGCUGAAGUUCCCGUCCAAAUUUCUGAAGAUGGCGAGCAAGAUGACAGAUUUGAUACAAGAAGCAUAGGGCUGGACGAUAUUGAUCCUAACGGCUUAGGCGAGGACCAUCCCUAUCUCAGUGCUAUUGUCGAAUUUCCGUCUGGCAUGUCUGCUUUCGUUAAUCCGAACGCGCUGCGUCACGCCGCUUCGCUCCUGGAUGCGUUGCAACCAAAUGAGCCUGAAGACGUAUUAGACACCUUUCAGAUUGAUGCCAUGACCAAAAUAUUCGAUCUACAAAAUGAACAAGGAACCAAAGGUCAGAUAAGAGACGUCAUGGUUCGAAUACCUAGUGCUUCAUUCAGAUUUUUGAAUUCGACUUCUGAAGACUCUUCUGGCUAUACACAGGAGGAUCAGGACCAAUACGACCUCACAUUGUCAAGGGUGGCUUUGAUGGCACGAACAAGCACCAGCUGGGAUGAUCCGUUUCGAGCUGAGACACGCCAUUCGAGGACCUCACUUCAAUUGCGCUUAGGUGCGGCAGAGCUUUCUGCAUCUGAACGUAAGCCAUCCUACCAGGAACCCCAGCCUGCGGUAAUGGCGCAGAUCGAAGAUGUUACUGUAUCGAUAGGCGAAAAGGAGAUCAGGUUUAUUGAUGCAGAGAUUGGGUCCGUAGUAGGGAGCACUGCUUCAGGUAAGAUUGAGUAUCUUGCCUCGCUCAUUCAUCGCACGGGAAAUAUCGCUUCUGAGCUCGGCCAUAUCUUCUCUGAGACGAUGGGAAAGCACGAGAAUCGUUACCAGUACUUCACCUAUCUUCUUUUAAAACAUGGCGAGUCUAUCAACGACCCUUCCUUUUUGGUUCGACCUUCUGCUGUGCUUCGAUCUGCAGACGACCAUCUUCGCACGAACGACUCAUGGAAACUAGCCAUGCGUCUACGCCAGGUAUGGACUGCCAUGGAUCUGCAAUCCAAGGCCCGCAUCAUUUCGCAGUGCUUUGACACCAUUCCCGACUUACCGGCCCAUGCUACACGAUACGUAUUGGAUGCAUUGGAGAAGUGGCGGGGUUGGGACAUGGAGGACUUGACAGGUGCGCUUGUCUUGACGAAUAUCUUUGGGCGACUCAAGGAAACAGACAAGACCACUGGUGAUCAACUCCCUCUUCUCGGUGCCUGCAGGCUUGCAGAGCUCCAGCUGGUCCUUGACCCUGGGCCAAAGCAGAACAAGAUCGGUUUCAUCGACCUGGCCGCAAGAAUUGAUCAACAGAUGCAGGAAGCUGAGGUUACGCAAAACGUACCCAGUACUCCCUUCACGACUCUGAACAUUUCUUGCGCAGAGGCAGGGAUCAAUCUAAACUGGGAACUCUGUGAGUUGGCUGAAGAAGUUUUGCAGCUUUAUGGCAAGAGCCAAAACCAGGUUCAACCGAUGUCAGUCAUUCCGAAGCCCAAACGCCCGGCAAAGCCCAACCCUGCUACAUGGCCUCCCGUCCAUAUCGUAGUGGAGGUGGCUAAAGGUGCCAUCGAAUUCGAGACCAUCAAUCUCAAAGCAAGGACGUUGAGUCAUGGGCUGAAAAUGUCUUUACUUCAUCAGUCUGGCCAGGACGCCUCAAGUGCCAUGAGUCUGAUGCUGAAUUGUAACGCCAUUACCUCAAUACUUCACAGCAACUCUCAUGCCCUGGGCAUGACACAGUUAAAGCACGCAAGCAUCUUUGCAUCUCAUGAGCUUCAAAAUACAGACGAUAAGUCUAAUCACACAAUAAAAGCAAGUGCUGGCAGUCGUAGCUUGACGUUUGCGAUCAAGGAAGACCCUAUUGGGCUAAUGGAAGUAAUGGACCGUCUCCUUGGUGAUGAGAUCCAGACGGUGUACAACUUGAAGAACCAGCUAGCCAGCAUGUCGAAACCCAAACCGCAAGAUGAACAAAAGAAGAUAUCAGAUCGCUUAUCAAGCGUGAGAUUCAAUCUUGCUAUGUUCUUGGACGAAUACAGCAUCACUAUCCCCUUUCUCCAGUCUCUUACCUACAAGAUCACUGGAACGGUGGCACGAGCUGCGGUUGCGGCGAAUUUUGGAAAAGAAAUUAUUUUUGAUUUUGACAUCAAGGAGAAUUACCAUGAGAUGCAGAUCAACGUUAGAAACAAACCUCGAAGCAUCUCCCUCCUUCAGAUCCCUCCCACCAAUGGCCGUAUCACCAGCCAUAUGGGCCAGGUAGAGCGCCAGAUUAAUGUCCUGUCAUCUCUGGAAAUCGUUCAGCUAGACGCAUCUGCCGUUUACAGCCUUCUCACUGCACUCAACAGACCUCAAAUAUCCAGUGCUGUUCAGGAGUUGCAGCAGCAAACCAAAGUGAUUCAAGACCGUGUCACCGAAAUCUUUGGUGCAGAUGGAGAUGGGUCUCCCAAAAUGGCUACCAAGCCUACCAAAGCAGAGAAUCCAAACUUGAGAGUCGUAUACAAUGUUCAUUUAACAUUAGCCGGCCUCCAAGUCUUUGCCAAAACAUCUCUCAAGUCACAGGCCGAACCAAUGGCUCAAGUCUUAUUCUCCUUGGACAGGUCGCAUUUACAUGCGUCAAACCGACAUGAAGCUCAUGGUCCCAUUCUAAAAUACCCCGAGAUUCAUCUCAACUUGAGCCACAUUGGCCUCGAUAUUCGUAGAGGUAGCGAGGACUUGAUGAGAUCUUGUGGAAAUCUGGGUGUCGGCGUAGAAGUCUCUGCCAACUCCACCCUAGGCGACGACGGUAAAGAGGACUGGGCAUUCAACUUCAGGAGCGACGAUUUCGAAUGUAAUCUAGCUCCUGAAACUAUAUCGACCGUUGUUGACGUUCUGGGUUACAUGGGUGAGAAGAUCAAGGAUCUUGACACUUCUCGCGAACUGGAUUAUCUCAGAAAGCUGAGACAGUCCAAGCCCAAGAUCACGAUCAAUGGCGACGACGAGCGAGAAGAGGUUGACCUUAUCGACUCUGUGCUUGCAUCCGUGCAGUAUCAAUUUGAACUCAGGAACAUCCGUGUUCGUUGGAGCGUUGCGGACAACGUGGCUGACAAGUCCAGUACUAAGGAGGAUCUGGUUUUGUCUGUCAAACUUUUCGAGUUCGGCACAAGAACCAAACGAUCAGCGCGAUUAUCCAUUGAGAACUUUCAGAUCCAGAUGGUGCCCCUCGGCCAGGACAUGAACGUUCGUUCACUGCACUCAGCACUGCUACCCGUGAUCACCUUCAAUAUUGCAUACAUGUCAACUGCCUCAGCGCGAAGGAUGGCAUUCCAGGCUGUUGGCGAAUCACUAGACUUGCGGUUGACAUCUGCGUUCAUUGUACCGGCUGCACACUUAGCCGAGUCCAUUACGCUCUCGUUAAAUAAUGUCGCACAAGCAUCAACACAAUGGAAUACAGCAGUCACAACAGACAAAAAGGCAGAUGAGUUGCCCAAGUCGCAGCCACAACGAAGCGUCUUUGGCAACAAAAGGUUGGAAAGCCUAUUGAUUGAUGCGGAUUUUGCUGGUGCGGUUGUCUACAUCGCUAGCAAGAGAUCAUUGAACAAUUCAUCAAAGGCUCUUGGGCGUCCAUCACUUGCAGGAAAAUACGGCCAAUUCAAUACGGAGGACUCUGAGAGCGGGACAGUCCUUCGCAGUCCCGGCUUGGCUUGGAAGAUCGAAUACCGCGAUGAUGCUCAAGAUGAUCCCUCGCUGUAUGGUGAGAUCAAAGUCGACGCCUCCAGUAACAUUUUGUAUCCCUCUGUUGUUCCGCUCGUUAUGGAUAUGCUUUCAAGUGUCAAGCAGGUUGUCAAGGAUGACGAGGAACCUGAACAGUCAAACAAGCCGGAAGAGUCCAAGCCAACCGCCAACAAGUCUGGUGAAGGUGAUAAUAUCAUCACUGCAGACCCAAGUGCAGUGUUGGGCCGCCUGAAGCUCAACUUGGGCCUAAGAAUCUGCAGGCAAGAAUUUUCUCUGAGUUGUCAACCUAUUGCUCGUGUUGCAGCCACGGCAUGCUUCGAUAACAUCUACUUUACGGUCAAUACUGUCAGGUCCCUGGAGCAGGGAAACUUCUUUGCUAUUUCAGGAGAUUUUACUAAACUGCAUGCCACCGUUCAGCACGUUUACUCACGUGAAUCAACGGCAAGUUUCGAGCUUGAUUCGAUCACUUUGUCAUUCAUGAACAGCAAGCAUGUAAGCGGAACCAGUGGAGUGUCGGCCAUAUUGAACGUGAGUCCCAUGGCCGUAUCCAUCAACGCUAAGCAGGCACAAGACUUCUUGCUCUUCCGUGAAAUUUGGUACCCCAGCGAGCUGCGAUCUGCUAGUGCGGCGCCUGUUGCGAAGAUGAGUACCGAGACUUCUCAAAGUGGGCAUCUCGUGCAACGGUAUCAGCAGGUCGCAGCAACAGCGGCUUUCCCGUGGACUGCGACUAUCUCGAUUGCUGCCCUUGACGUUACCAUUGAUCUUGGACAGGCCAUUGGUAAAUCAGCCUUUGCCAUAAAGAAAUUCUGGGUAUCGUCCAAGAAGACGUCGGACUGGGAGCAAAAUCUCUGUUUGGGAUUUGACAAGAUUGGCGUUGACUGUACCGGUCGACUGAGUGGCUUCGUAGCUUUGCAAGACUUCCGUCUGCGCACCUCGAUCCAAUGGCCGAAACGCGAAGAGGCUCUCAACGAAACACCCAUGAUCCAGGCUUCCAUAAGCUUUAACGCCUUCCGAGUCAAGGCUGCUUUCGAUUACCAGGCCUUCCUGGUAGCUGAUAUAACUUCACUUGAAUUUCUCAUGUACAACGUACGUGAGAGUCGAGAUGGUAGUGGAGACAGACUUGUCGCCAUGUUCGAUGGCGACUCGGUUCAGGUCUUCGGGACAACCACCACAGCAGCACAAGGUAUUGCGUUAUGGCAGGCUAUUCAGAAGCUUGUGCAAGAGAGAAGAGAGAGCUUCCAGAGUUCACUGAAGGAGAUUGAGAAAUUCAUGAAGAGGAGAUCUUUGUCGACAUCUCGAAGCACAGUCGCUCAGAUGGAGCAAACACCAAAGCUGAAGGAGGAAGACACGCUCUCGAAGUCGCCAAUCUCUCUGGACACAGAUGUGGUUGUGACGCUCAAGGCACUGAACCUGGGCGUUUUCCCCAGCACAUUUUCGGAUCAUCAAGUAUUCAAGGUUGAAGCUCUCAAUGCAUAUGCUCGCUUCGCUGCCAGCAUGGAGCAAAGACGCAUUCAUAGUAUUUUGAGAAUGACGCUGGGACAACUUCGCAUUGGUCUUGCCGGAGUUCGGAACGUUGAAGCACCGAAGACUUUGAGUGAAAUUUCCGUUGAUGAUGUCGUUCAACGCGCAACAGGGUCGAGAGGAGGAACCAUCCUCAAUGUUCCACAGGUAUCAGCAGUGAUGGAAACAUGGCAAAAACCACGAUCGAACGAGAUCAGUUAUAUCUUUAAGAGUGCAUUCGAAGGCAAGGUGGAAGUGGGAUGGAACUUUUCGCGUGUGAGUUACAUUCGAGGAAUGUUUGCGAAUCAUGCAAAGGCACUUGAGCAAGUUUGGGGCAAGGAGAUACCCCUUACUGCAGUCAAGAUUACAGGAGUGCCUGGGGCAGAACAAACCGAAGGCGAACAGCAAAAGAUCACUGCCGAGAUCGACGUGCCAGUGUCAAAAUACGACUAUGUGGCGCUGGAGCCGCCCAUCAUCGAGACACCGCAACUACGCGACAUGGGCGAAGCAACACCACCGCUCGAAUGGAUUGGUCUUCACCGUGAUCGACUGCCGAACUUGACUCACCAGAUUGUGAUUGUAUCACUUCUGGAGUUGGCAGGGGAGGUCGAAGAUGCAUAUGCCCGCAUCUUGGGUUCAUCAUGA